UGUGAAAAUCAAUAAUUUAUAUACAAUAUUUUAAAGUGUAUAAAUGAACACAAAGUUUUAUGUUUUACUUAGUAUAAAAAUUUGAUAUUUUAAUAACAAUCAUUACUUAAAAUAUAUUAAAAUGGGACGAAAAGCAAAGUUUGAUGGAAUAAUUGUUACGAGUGGUCGUGGAAGGAAAGCAAAAAAGCAAGGGGAUCCAACAUUUCCUAAAGGAGUACUUGUAAAAGAACAAAAACAGUUAAGUCAUAGACAAAAGCAACGAGCAAGGAAAAGGUCAUUAUUGAAACAAAGUUUAAAUGAAAAAUUAAAAAAGUUGCACCAGACAAAAGAUAGUAAGUUAAAGGAUACUGAGGAUGGAAAUGAUGUAAAAAAUAUUACAAAACAAUUAAGGAAAAAGAAGAAAAGGAAAUCUUUUGAGAAAGAACCACAUGUAAAUGGCAAUUCAUAUCAUGAAAAUGAUCAAAUGGAGUUUGACAAUGAUACUGAUAUAUCUGAUAAUGAAAAAACAAUGCUAGUUGAGCAACAAACAUCUACAAAAAAGAAACUACUUGACAGUGAUUCAGAGGGAGAAGAUAAUGUUAUUGAAAGUGAUGUAGAAUUUGAUGUUAAUGAUAAAUGUAGUCAAAAUCGAGAAAUAGACGAUGAACAAAUUAUCCACCAAACUGAAGAAGAAGAGGAUACCGAUAGUUCUAAUAAUGAUGAUACUGAUUUACUUCCUAUCGAGAAAGCAAAUAAAAAGCUAAAAAAGAAACAAAAAGAAGAACAAAAGUUAGCAGAAGAGGAAAUGCAUGACAUGACUGCACAACAAUAUGUAUUUACUUUUCCCACUCAAGAAGAACUUACAGAUGUUACUAACCUGAAAGAUAUACAACAACGUAUAAAAGAUGUUGUUAUGGUAUUAUCUGAUUUUAAAAGAUUACGUGAUGUAAAUAGAUCACGUUCUGAAUAUAUGGACCUCCUUAGAAAAGAUUUAUGUACAUACUAUAGUUAUAACAAUUUUCUGAUGGAGAAACUGAUGCAAAUAUUUUCAUUAGACGAAUUGUUAGAAUUCUUGGAAGCAAGUGAAGUUCAGAGACCUAUGACGAUACGUACAAAUGUACUGAAGACUCGUCGUCGUGACAUAGCUGAGGCUCUGAUUAACAGAGGAGUUAAUUUAGAUCCUAUUGGCAAAUGGACAAAAAUUGGAUUAGUAGUUUAUUCUUCACAAGUUCCUAUGGGUGCGACGCCAGAAUAUCUAGCAGGACAUUAUAUUUUACAAGGUGCAUCCAGUUUUCUUCCUGUUAUGGCUUUAGAUCCUAAAGAAAAUGAACGGAUUCUUGAUAUGUGUGCUGCUCCAGGAGGAAAAUCGUCACACAUAGCAGCACUUAUGAAAAAUACAGGUGUACUUUUUUCAAAUGAUGUUAAUGAAGAAAGAAUAAAGGCUGUAGUUGGCAAUUUUCAUAGACUUGGUAUAAUGAAUUCUGUAGUUUGUACAUAUGAUGGACGAAAGUUACCAUCAGUUAUUAAAGGUUUCGAUAGAGUAUUAUUGGAUGCACCAUGUACCGGUACUGGCGUUGUUUCAAAAGAUCCAAGUGUUAAAACAAAUAAGGAUGAAGUAGAUAUACAGCGUUGUUGCACAUUACAAAGAGAAUUACUUUUAGCAGCGAUAGAUUGUGCCAAUGCACGUUCGGAAUCUGGCGGUAUUAUUGUUUAUUCUACAUGUUCGGUUCUUCCAGAAGAAAAUGAAUGGGUUAUUGAUUAUGCUCUCAGAAAACGUGAUGUUAAAUUAAUACCAACUGGAUUAGAAUUUGGCACGGAAGGAUUCACAAGUUAUAGGCAGUAUAGAUUUCAUCCUUCAUUAAAAUUAACUAAACGAUUUUAUCCUCAUGUACAUAAUAUGGAUGGAUUUUUCGUAGCGAAAUUAAAAAAGUUCUCCAACAUUGUUCACAAAAAUAAAGCAGAAGAAGUAUCUUUUGAUUAA